GCACAGGGUCACAUGUCGGGCUUCAAUGCGCUUCGUACGGUGCUGGAGACGUGUCUCAAGCUCAAGGGGCUCCAUACGGUGACAGUGUACGCCUUUGCCAUCGACAACUUCAAGCGCGACAAGGACGAGGUCGAGGCCCUCAUGACGCUCGCAAAGAGGAACCUCAUCGAACUCGCAGGUCACGGCGAGGUUCUUGCUCGUCACUCUGUCCGGCUGCGCAUGGUUGGGCGCCGAGAGCUGCUCCCCACCGACGUGCGACUGGCCGUGGAGAAGGUGGAGCGCAUGACCAGCGGAAACCGUCGUGCGACGCUCAACGUCUGCAUCCCAUACUCGUCUCGUGACGAAGUGGCAUUUGCCGUCGAGAAGAGCUGCCGAACGGGGCCUUGCUCACGCCGCGAGAGCAAGCAGACCGGCGUGGAGCAACUCGAGGAGAACAUGAUGUUGGCCCACUCGCCUCCCCUCGAUAUCUUAAUCAGGACCAGCGGUGUUAAUCGGCUGAGCGACUUCAUGCUGUGGCAGGUGAGAAGAACAAGCCAUUCGGGCUGGGCUGGGCGGCACAAGGGCAGGCGGAGGGAGGGGAGAAAGGCCGAGCCGAGCCGAGCUGAGCGGAGCGGAGAUGAGCUGACCUGACCUCUUUCGAACGUUUGUCAAUGCAGAGCACCGAAGCUCAGCUACAAUUCACAAAGCGCUAUUGGCCACUGUUUGGUCUCCGGGAGCUGGUCCCCAUCAUUCUCGAUUACCAGCGAAUGAAGUGGCGGCAGUGGCUCGAGGCGCAGCUGCUUGCUUGGCGGUGACAGGAGAAGGCAGGGUACCCAAAGUUACACACAAACGGCACACACGGCAAAUCAUGCACGAAAGCA